AAACUUGAUUUUCUUCUAAAGUUAUGAUAUUUUUUUAAAAAAUUUAAAAGUUGUGAGAAAGAAAGCAGCAAAUUGUUACUAUUUUUUUAUUUUUUUUUUUAAAAUAUCCCAUUUGUCUGUAUGUAAACUUUGAGAUAAGGACGAUUGAGUGUGACGUCAGGGGUUAAAAUUCUUGCGAUCAUCCAUUUUGAAAUGUCAAGAACCACAUAAUCCAAUGGUUACCAUUCCUCAAAGAUGAGGUUUGCGAGCUAUUUUUGUCCGUUAGUUUGGAAAAAGAUGUGAAGCCUUAUCACUAUAUAGAUAGAGGGGUUGCUACAGAGCCAACAACCCUCUUGAAAUUAAAGGUUAAGGAAAGCAUAGAAGUAGCUUUAAGCUAAGCACUUAAUUUUCAGCAAUGGCUUCUUCAGUGAUGUCCACAGCAACUGUUGCCACCGGCGCCAAUGCUGCACAAGCCAGCAUGAUUGCAUCCUUCAAUGGCCUUAAAUCCGCAGCCUCUUUCCCUGUUACAAGAAAGCAAGACCUUGACAUCACCUCCAUUGCUAGCAAUGGUGGAAGAGUCCAAUGCAUGCUGGUAUGGCCACCAAUUAACAAGAAGAAGUACGAGACUCUUUCAUACCUUCCUGAUUUGUCCGACGAGCAAUUGCUCAAGGAAAUUGAGUACCUUUUGCGAAAGGGAUGGGUUCCUUGUUUGGAAUUCGAGACUGAGCACGGAUUUGUGUACCGUGAGCACCACAGGUCACCUGGAUACUACGAUGGCAGGUACUGGACCAUGUGGAAGUUGCCCAUGUUCGGGUGUACUGAUGCUACCCAGGUCUUGAAUGAAGUCCAGGAGGCAAAGAAGGCUUACCCACAGGCCUGGAUCCGUAUCAUCGGAUUCGACAACGUUCGUCAAGUGCAGUGUAUCAGUUUCAUCGCCUACAAGCCCGAAGGCUACUAAAUUAUCCAUGUUUAAUGUAUAACCUGGCCCUAUGUCUUUAAGGGAAGCUCGUUUGAAUCCUCCUCAAGUUUUUCCCUGGAGAAACUGUAUUGAUUUUCCAUUGUUUUCCUUUUCUCUAUUCAGUGUAUGCUCUUGGAUUCCAGUUGAGUUUAUGAGAACUAAUAAUAAUAAUCAUUUGUUUCUUUGCU